UUAUAUUAGUAUAAAAAAGUAUUGUGUAAAAUUAUUAACUAAAAAUUUAACAAGAAAAAUGAUGCAUUAUCGCAAGGGUGAAAAUAUAGAAAAACAAUUGACAAAAGAAGAGCUGCCAUUUGAAGACUUUUUACCUAAAGGCACGGACUUUCUAUGGAUGCAUGUUAAUGGUGGCACUAAAGUUAAUAAUGUUAUAACAUAUGCCAAAAAUGCUUUAGACAAAGGAGAAUACAAAAAUAUUGUAUGGAGUGGCAAUGGCGGAGGUGUAGUAAAAACAAUAUCCUGUGCAGAAAUACUAAAGAGAAGUUAUCCUCUUUAUCAAGUUACUAGAAUGUGCUAUAUAACGGUUGAGGAACAUUGGAAGCCACAAAUGGAAGGUUUAGAGGAAAUAGUGGCCAAUCGACAAAUUCCCUCAUUGCAUAUAUUUAUGAGCUUGGAACCUAUAGAUGAUAAUGUUAAUGGCUUACAAAAACCCAAUACUACAACAGAUUUUUGGGUUUACAAUAACAAUCAAAAUCAUCCAGCGACCAGUUCAAAUAACAAUAGCAAUCAUAGACAGCGUAAUAGCAACCAAAGUCAGCGAAGACAACAUCCAAAUCAAAAUAGAAAUUCGCAGCAACAACAACAACCACGAACACAUGCAUCAAAUAAUCCCGACACUUCAAAUGAAGCCGGCCAUAGGGAAGGUGGUAAUCAAACAAGAAAGUCUAAUAACAAUAAUUCAAAAAGAAGAAGACCUAAUCAAAGUCGUGAUACACAAAAUGCACCGAAAAAGGAAACUAAUACUAAUCAGCAUGAAUCAAUGGAAACUUAAUAAAGUUAAAUUAAAAAAGUUUAUGAUAUUUUUCAAGAUAUAUUCAAUUAAAGUGAUCAUUCUGUGUUUA